AUGGAUAGCGAGGUGUCAGCUGAGAAAUUUGAGAAAUGUCAGUGUGAGACACACCACACUAAGAGCAUCCUGUACCAGAUCCUUAACAAAGAGCAUGGAAGUGAGACCAAGUGGCACCAGCAGUAUCGCAGUCACCACUGCUCCACAGGAAGCCGAGGCUGCUCUUGUAUGGACAGAAGAGUUGUCCUGAAAACACCAGAAGCCACGUGCAGAAGAGCUGCUGAAGUGCUCUUGAAGACUUUAACUUUCAUUAGAAACUUGCCUUCUUUCCAUCAUGUGCCUUGGGAGGAUCAGGUUGUCCUCACAGAGCAGAACUGGGCCCCUCUUUUUGUUGUGGGCCUGGCACAAGAAGGGGUGGAGUUUGACCUGAGAGAGAUUUCAGCUCCUAGCUUAUUGAAAAAAAUUCUCCUCAAUCAGCCUUUGACAGCUAGCAAAGAACUGGAAAGCUCAUCAGUGGGAGCAUCUUUAGAAGAAGUUCAAAAGAUGAAGAAUUUAUUGUGGAAAUUUUGGGACCUGGACAUAAGUGCAAAAGAAUAUGCCUAUGUUAAAGGAAUUAUUCUUUUUAAUUCUGGAUGCCACAUCCUAAAGUGUCUCCCCUACGUACAAAUGCUGCAGCAGGAAGCUCAGCAAGCCUUGAUGGACUUUAUCUCAACAAUGUUCAACAGAAACCUAGACAGGUUUGCUUGGAUUCUUCAGCUGAUUGCCUCUCUUCGAGAUGUGGAUGCAGAGGCAAUCGAAGAGCUCUUCUUCAGGCCCAUCCUAGGAGAGGCCACCCUAAAUGUAUUACACCUAGAAACCCUAUAUAUCAAGCCAGACUCACUGUGGAAACACAUGACAUCUGUGCUCCCAAAUACCUAUUUUUGA